AUGGCGCAACUCGCCGGAAACAUCACACCAACCAACUGCAGCUUACCGCCGCAAUGUUAUGUCUUCUCUGCUGAAGCUGCUGCCAUCUUCAUCGCUGCUACAACGCUCUCCGACCGACCGAUCCUGGUCCUCACGGAUUCGCACAGUGUCAUACCCCUGACAUCCGAGGCCCCGACUCAUCCCUGGGUGCAGGCGAUGAUGAAGUCCGCGCCACCAAACACGGUAUUCUGCUGGGUUCCGGGGCACUGCGGAAUACCAGGCAACUCUGAAGCUGACUUUCUGGCUGGGGCAGGACCAUCUGCCCCUCGAAGUACCGAAGUACCGUUACACGAUGUCAAGCGCUGGAUCGUGAGCAAAGUACGGGAAGCUUGGGACGCAGAGUGGGUCCAAAACCGCUCCCUCUUCAUCAGACGGAUCAAAGGGACGACGAGGAAAUUGAAAGAACAGUUGAACCAGCGGGAUCAGAAAUUAGCGUCGCGUUUGAGGACCGGCCACACCUAG